UUCACAUACUAUAUGGAAAUAAUUUUCAAAAGUAUCCAUCAAAAUGUAACAUGCUAAAAAUCCAUCAUAUAUUCAUUUAGAAGUCAUAAUUUCAGAAACUAGAAUAUGAUGUAUAAACGAUAGAAUGAAAGCAUGUUUGUUGUCUAUUUUGGUUGCUUUGCAGAAUGUUGCUCUCUCUGUGGAAGGAAGAAUACAUACUAAGGCAGAAUAUGUUAAUCUUGGGGAGACCAUAACCUUGCAAUGUCAGAAUUCGGGAGCAUUAACGUCACUAUGGCGACGAAAAGAUUCCUUUAUAUCAGCUGGUUUAGUUAUGAACAAUGAGGCGGAGGGUCACGACAGAUUAAGGAUAACUGGAGAUCCAAUGAAAGGGGAAUACAAUUUAGAAAUUUCAAACAUAACGGAGGAGGACCUUGGUUUAUAUUGGUGCGAGGUACUUAUCAACAACGUUGCUAAACAGACAAAAGUGACACUUAGAUUGCAAUCUCAUAUCAAUGACACACGAGUUACAGAUGAGUAUACUACUAAAGACAAGGUACUUACUACAACAAUUAUAGAAUCUAUAACAGAUCACACAUCCCAAACAGAGCCUCAAAAUAUAACAACAAGAUCAUUUUACAAUACUUUGAGUGAAACUGUUAUAACUACUGAUAUGCAAACUCAAAGACUGACAGGAGAGAACAGACUACCAACAGUGCUAAUUUAUGUCAUCGUAUGUUCUAGCUGCACAUGUUUGUUUCUGUUAACACAUGUUACCAGGCGAACUUUACUAUAUAAAUGCAAAAGAAACCUAAAUUUGAAAUUAAUAUAAUAAGUCAAGAUAUCAGAUAACUUUAACACAGAAGUUUUGGAUUACAUUUUUAUUUUGUUUAAAUCAACUAUUUCAUAUAUGUCAUGGUCUUUUGUCCGGAUUUGUGUUGUGCUAUUUUGAAAAAAAAAAAAUAUUUUUGCCGUGACAUAGACGUUGUUGUCUGCUUCGACGCAAAAUAAACACCAUUAAGUCAAUCAAUAAAUAAAUCAAUCAAUCAAUGUGAUGAUUGGACUGCAUCGUUACCGUUAUUACCACUGUAUUUCAUGUUCAUACAAUUAUACUUUCACACAAGUCUUAGUUUCCGUUGAAAUCCGUGUGAUAAAAGAACACUUAGAGACAAUUAUAUCCAAACCAAAUAAUUGACUUUUGUUUUAUUUAUACAACGAAGAGGAAUCUUAUUUUAAUACCUUAUCUUCAAAUCAUACAUGUUGACAAUUGUGCUGAGAGAUAUAUUUCAAUACAUAUACUAUAUAAUGUUUACUUCAUCAUAUAUCGUUUGUAGUUGUGAUUCUAUCUUUUAUUUUCUAUUCGUAUGUAAAAGUAGAGAUAAUUAAUCACUCAGUUCAUUUGUAUGAUUUUAGUUUAAAGCAAUUAUGUGCACAGGAUAUAUUUGUUUUACACAGUUUGAUUUGGAAGAAAAGCCGACAUAGUUAGUUGCACUAUUACUAACACAGUUCUAUAUUAAUAUUCUUGUAAUUGUUAUAAAGUACAUCAAAUAACAUAAUUAGAAACCUAAUCUUGAUUUAUAUCCAAUUUUUAGAAAUUUACCUGUGACAUUACUUUUUGUGGCGUUGAUCCAUUCGUGUUACAGACUCACACUUCGUAAUUCUAUUAAGCUGUUUUUGUGUACUGUCCUAAAUUAUUAAGUUAUUCGUUGUUAUUCUGUGGUUAACAUGUCGAAAUGUACUAUUAUAUUAUUUAUUUAUGUA